AUGUUGCCGUACCUGUUCCCUGACCUUGCUGCCUUUCCCAUAGUCGCUGACCUCAUUACACACCUUCGCACUAGUGACACUCCCUACCGCGCUGCGCUUCCUGCUGAGUUCUGUGCCAAGAACCCCACCCCUAUGUACAUCACCCUCUACUACAUAGUCACCCGGCUCCCUGACUCCCUUCGCUUAGUCAGGGACCACUUCCUCUCUGUUUGCCCCACCACACUCACCGUUGACCUUCUCGAGGAGCGCCUCCUAGCAGCAGAGAAGAGCAUAGUCGCUGUAGGAGCCUCUUGUGGUGACCCUCGCACCCCCGUCUUUGAGGGGUGUUCCCCCUCCCGCAUCUUGCCCUCUGUUGCUUCUGCUGCAGCGGCCGACCUCGUUGGUUUCGAGUCGGUCGGCGCCGCGUCUGCCCCUAGCGGGACAUGCCGCACCGGUAGAGCAAGGGGGGCAAGGGCGCUGGAGGGGCUGGUUGGGGCGGUGGAGGUGGUGGUGGAGGCAGUGGAGGGGGUGGGGGUGGUGGUGGUAGUGGUGGCGGGGGUGGAGGUGUCGGUGGCAGUAGUGGAGGCGGUGGAGGCGGCAGCGGUGGCGGAGGGAGCGGAGGCGGCCGAGGUGGCGGAGGCGGUGGAGGUGGAGGAGGCGGCAGAGGUGGCGGAGGCGGCGGCGGCGGCGGUGGAGCUGGUCACAGCUCUGCGCAGAGGAGUGGGUCCAGUGCGUGGUGGGGGUACUGGUCCCUGCUCCUACGUCCUCCGUACCGGCGACCGCGCAAGUGAGCAGUGCGGGGGCCCGCACUCCACCCAGCGCUGCUUCGGCCUCCUAACGGACGCGUGGCGUCACCAGUUUCCUGAGGCCUCUGAGAUCCCUCGCUGGGGAGAGCUGUCUAGGGCGGGGGUUGCUAUCUUUGAUCUUGAUUAUGAUGCUACUCUUGCUGCCAUGUAUGCUGUGUCUGAUAGUGUUGAGGGUGACUGUUACCUGUGUGUUCCGCCUGACCCGGGCAUUGAGGCUGCUGCUCUAGGUGCUGGUGAGGCUGCUGCUCUAGGUGCUAGUGCGUCUGCUGCCUCAGGUGCUAGUGAGUCUGCUCUCUCAGGUACUAGGUCGGCUCAGGCCUUACACACCUUCACCCUUGACUCGGGUGCUUCCCGCUCCUUCUUUCCAGACCGCACCACGCUUACGCCGCUUAGUCGGCUGGUUGCAGUCUACCUGGCGGACCCCUCUGGGGGUCCUAUCCUUGCUAGCUUCUCCACUGUCUUACCGUGCCCGGCAGCCCCCUCAGGCACCCUGUUAGGUCUUUACCUCCCCUCGUUCUCUACGAACUUGGUGAGUGAAGCUGACCUAGAGGAUAGGGGGAUUGACCAGUUCACUCCUGCGAGUCAGCGGGUGACCCACUGCACGUGUGCUCGGACAGGCCGACACUUGGCCACGUUCAUCCGUCGGCUUGGGUCGAGCCUGUACACACUUACCACUGAGUCUCCUCCGGCUGCUGAGUCUAGUCAGGUAGCUGCGUCGAGUCAGGUGUUUGCUGCAGCGUCCAGCGGGUCCUUCUAA